GAGAAGGUGGAGUUUACGGAGCCGGUGGGCGGUGGGCGGUGCUGCCGGUAGCUGGGUGCUGUCCAAAGGCACUGGGCGUCGGUAGGGGAGCGAGCUGUGACCAGCUGGGCCGCACUUAGCGUGGGACGAAGCUUAGGCUACUGUUUGAUUACCUGAGGCCUUCCCCUCAUGUCGGCCCUCGAGAAGAGCAUGCACCUCGGCCGUCUGCCCUCUCGCCCACCUCUCCCCGGCAGCGGGGGCAGUCAGAGCGGAGCCAAGAUGCGAAUGGGAGUUCUGUGAGAAUGAAAUAAUACAUGCAAAGCACUUAAUGCUUCCUGACACACAAGCUCUUAAGGAAUGACAACUGAUGAAUUAUUUUAUAUUGAGAAUGGUGAAAAAGACUUAUUCUUUAUAAGCCCUGGAAGAAAGCGAGACUUCUCCCCUGUUUCUUGGAGUCAGUACUUUGAGUCCAUGGAAGAUGUAGAAGUAGAGAAUGAAACUGGCAAGGAUACUUUCCGAGUUUAUAAGAGUGGCUCAGAGGGUCCCGUCCUCCUACUUCUGCAUGGAGGAGGCCAUUCUGCCCUAUCCUGGGCUGUGUUCACGGCGGCGAUCAUUAGUAGGGUUCAGUGUAGGAUUGUGGCUUUAGAUCUGCGAGGUCAUGGUGAAACAAAAGUCAAGAAUUCUGAAGACCUGUCUGCAGAAACAAUGGCAAAGGAUGUUGGCAAUGUGAUUGAAGCCAUGUAUGGGGACCUCCCUCCUCCAAUUAUGCUGAUUGGACAUAGUAUGGGUGGUGCUAUUGCAGUCCACACAACAUCAUCGAACCUGGUGCCAAGCCUCUUGGGUCUCUGUAUGAUUGAUGUUGUGGAAGGUACAGCCAUGGAUGCACUUAAUAGCAUGCAGAAUUUCUUACGUGGUCGACCUAAAACCUUCAAGUCUCUAGAGAAUGCCAUUGAAUGGAGCGUGAAGAGUGGUCAGAUUCGAAAUUUGGAGUCAGCCCGUGUCUCAAUGGUUGGCCAAGUCAAACAGUGUGAAGGAAUUACAAGUCCAGAAGGCUCAAAAUCUAUAGUGGAAGGAAUCAUAGAGGAAGAGGAAGAAGACGAAGAAGGAAGUGAGUCCGUAAACAAGAGGAAAAAGGAAGAUGACAUGGAGACCAAGAAAGACCAUCCAUAUACUUGGAGGAUUGAACUGGCAAAAACAGAAAAAUACUGGGAUGGCUGGUUCCGAGGCUUAUCCAAUCUCUUCCUUAGUUGUCCUAUUCCUAAAUUGCUGCUCUUGGCUGGUGUUGAUAGAUUGGAUAAGGAUCUGACUAUUGGCCAAAUGCAAGGAAAGUUCCAGAUGCAGGUCCUACCCCAGUGUGGCCAUGCUGUCCAUGAGGAUGCCCCAGACAAGGUAGCCGAAGCUGUUGCCACUUUCCUGAUCCGGCACAGGUUUGCAGAGCCCAUCGGUGGAUUCCAAUGUGUGUUUCCUGGCUGUUAGUAACCUGCUGUCCGUCCCUCCCCAACAUUGAGCUCUGUUGUAAAUACAUCGCACCAGAGGCCACUGUGAUGCCGCUGUCUCCUCCUCACCAUCCUGCCCGACCAUGUGACACCGGCUCCCUAUCGACGGGCUUCCCCAGAUGUACAAACCCUUUUGUGUAUUCCUGCCGAAAGCAUUGUUAUCCAGGGCCUUUGACCAACCUCGACCUCCUUAGUCCAAGGCUCCCCAACUCCCAUCCCUUCCCUGUUCAGGGGUAGCCCCUACCUAUUCUCCCUGCCUUGCCUAGGGUGAAGCCUCCAUCAGAACUGCCACCCUGGGCCCCUAUUCCUGGUAUUAGGCAGUGCACCUGGGUCCAAAUGUCUCUCCAGGCUCAGGGACCUCCAUUCCUUGAGAUUGUUCUUGGCGUGGUCCUGCCCUACCUCAUGGGAUGGACCAUGCACAGGGUGGUCCUUUUUUUCCCCCUUUCAAAUAAAAUGCCAGUCAGGUACCUUUUUAUCCCAGUCUUACUCUUCCAGGCUUGGAAGACCCAGAGAGGCCAGGAUGCCAUCCUUAGGAAUAGGGAGGGGUGGUGGAUAGCAUCACAAGAAACCAGCCUGAAAAUCAGGUCCAGUCAGUCCAAGCACAUGGCCUCCCAUCUGCGGAGAGCCCACUGUCCCUCUCCCACAUGUC